GAAUCAUAGCUUUCUGUAAAAAAUGAAAUCCACAACAGGAUAUAAAUGAAGUGAAAAGUAAAACUAAAUGAUAGGAAAAGGAAAGAACUAAAAAGGGAAAGUCGGGGGUUCUGAGUAUUCCAAGGACUAACUGAGGAUAUCCAUCUAAUGUGUUACACAACGAAAGAAUUUUUUUUUAAUCCCUUUGUGAUUUUUGAUCCGAUUUUGCUAUGUCUAGUGGAAUGUGGGCUACUCAUCAGCAACUGAAGUAAAGGCAUUUUUCAGCUCUUUCCCUGCGAAAUCACUUAAUUCAGCAAUAAUAGUGUUUGAUCCUAGUCUUAGAAGACCAUCUAGUGAAACUUCACACUCAGUCAUGGAUUCAUCUGGAGGAGAUGCAUGCUUGAAGACUUCUUAGAGGAAUUUCCCUGACUAGCCUGUGACUUAAGAUGAGCAUCUUGCUGCUGUUCAAGAGUUAGAGAGAAGGGCAAACCCAAAGACGAGGCUUAUGUUUAUAUAUUAAUCAAUUAUUUCAAGGGUUUUGCCAAACCUUUAUCCCCUCUUUUACUUCUAACACAGCCUCGUUUCUUUUAUUUUAUAGUUAUAAACAAACUAACUUUUGCUAAAUUGUUUAGUUCUAGAUUAUUACUCUAGACCAUCCACUCAAAAAAUUUAAGGCAAUUUGCCAUAUUUUAUUUAAAUGGAAAUCUGUGUUUGUCUUGAUCAUUUGAGAUUUCAGUUAAAAGUCUGCAGUAAUUUAAAAACAUACUUUGGUCCAGUGUGAUCAAUCAGCACCAGUCAACUUCUAAGUGGCCUAUGGUGAAUAUUCUUCAGUUCUGCUAGAUUCUUACUCUUAUAGGAAGGAUGCUUGGAUGGAGACUAAAAACUGCUCAUCGAAAUGUCUCCCUUUGGGAAUCAGAGGGCUUCACCUUGUUUUCAACAAAUUCUCCUAGUUUUCAAGGAUGCUGGAACCCUUUGCUAUUAGAUGAAGCUAGUUCCCCUUUUAUGAUGGAUGAAAAUGGAACAAAGUCACUGGAUGAAUAGGGUUCUCAGUGCCGAUUCCGACACUGUGAAGAAGCCCUUGGCAGUGACACUGUGUGCUCAUUAUGGAGAGAGAGAAAAUGUUUAGACCCUCUUUGCAGAUUUAGACACAUGGAAAUGCAGCAAAACUGCAGCAUUUCAUGCUUCUGGGAAACCCAACCUCUUGGUUGUGUGAAGAUCAGCUGUAUUUUUUACCACAGCAAACCCCGAAAUAUCAAUGGAUUAUUUUUGCCACCAAGUAGCAACACCACCUUACAGAAAGAAAGUCAGGAAGGAAAUCCACCCCCAAGCCAGAGUCAGGAACCUCUGAAACCCAUGGAGAACGUAUCACGACCUAUCCAUAAUCCAUUAGUUUUAAAGACUAACUUUGAAGAAGAGGAGGAGGAAGAAGAGGAACAAAAUGAUGCUUCUAGUUUAUGGACAAAGACACCUGAAGAAAUUGAAGAGAAAAGAGCAAUAAAGGAGAUGUGUUAUAAAUCUGGUGAAUACUAUAGAUUCCAUGCUCCUCCGGACAUUUCAUCAUCAAAAAGCGUAGCUUCUACACCGGAAAAGGAGUUAGAAAAGCCUUUGGAAAAUGGCAGCGAAUUGCAAGAAGGGGAUGGUCUCACAGUUCCAACAAAGUUUAGCCUCUUGGACAGGCCGGGUGAGGCAAAAACAUCACUGGAUAGGAAACCAAGGACUGACAUUGCUACUUUUGAAAAUGGAGGAGGUGAUUGCUAUGCUCCACAGAGGAUCAUAUUUCUUGGAGUAGAUGAAAGUGAAGCAUUAGCUGAAGUGAAAGAAAUCACCUCAAAAUCCUCAAAUGUCAAAGAAGAGAGCAAGGACAGUCUACAUCCAAAGCACCCCCUAACUACUCGCCUAGUCCCUACAACACAUAUAUUAAAUGCUACUGAGAACAUCAGGAUGAAGUACAGAGAGAACCCAUCUUCAAUGAAUGAUGUCCAGCCAGUGAGGAAGCCUCAUUUUAAAGGUGUGAAGAAAAGAAAAUGGAUUUAUGAUGAACCAAAGAACUUUCCUGGCCCUGGAAUGCGGAGAGCAGUACACACCCCAAAUCCCAAACAUAAAAUGAGUUACCAUCAUCAUAAUAAAAACCGAAAUGCUGAGAACACCUCCUAUAUGCAUGUCCAAAGAGACGCGGUAAGAACGGUCACACUGAACACCCCUCCCCGAAGCAGGCCCACAGGUGGGUCCUACAACAAAACUGACAUCAACAAGGAGCCCAAACUCAACCUCUGCCCAGAUAAACAUAUGUCAACAUCAUAUAAUGGUUCAGCCUGGCGAAGAAGAAUUCCUUUUUCAAAAACAUAUUCAAAAACGGAAAAGAUAUAUCCAGAGCCAAGAAGAAAUGGAAGUAAGUAAACUUGGAGGUUGAGAGAAGAGAAAAAAAUGAGAAAAGAGAAAAAUGCCAGCCAUCACCUGAUUUACAAUCAAAAAUGAAAAUUCAAAGAAUGAGAUAUUCAAGUACUCCAUAGUAUAUAGUGGAUAGCCAAGGAUGAUAAGAUGCAAAUUCUGAGAAUAUGAUGCAGGGAGAACAUUGUGCUCUUGCAAAACUGAUAAAAUGCAAAUUGCAAACAGCUGCCUGUUUAUUUAUGUAUGUCUGGGAUUCAUUCAAUACAUUACCACAAACAUUUAAUAAAAUUUCAAAGUUUGACAAUUAAAA